AUGGAAAGAGAUGGAGAGAGAGUGGAGGAAGCUAAAGCUAGACUUAUUACCGAACUCCAGCUUCUAAGCACCAUCACCUCCAAAAUAAAAGCUUUUGGUCUCUUUGAGAUUAAAACCACUAACUCUGCUUCUUGGAACUCUAUUCUAUCUCUCAGACCGCUAGCACAGAGCUUCAUCUUCUGUAAUGUCAACAAUGGAGAAAACAGCUGGUUCUGGUACGAUAGAUGGACACCUUUUGAUCAACUCAUCAAUUUUCUUGGACCGAAUGGACCGAGGGACCUGAGAAUACCGACCUCAGCUCAUGUCAAAGAUGCAUGCUCAGCUUCUGGUUGGCUUUUAUCCCAACCCCGUUCAGAUAACGCCUUAAAGUUGCACAUUCAUCUGACUACCAUCACCAACCCGAGACAUCUCAACGAGCAGGAUUCAUAUCAUUGGUGCGUUGAUGGUAGAGACAUCAUGGGAUUCUCUUCUUCAAAGACUUGGGAGGCAUUAAGGCCGCGAGCUACUCCAAAGGACUGGUUUAAGGAAAUCUGGUUCUCCGGCGCUAUCCCGCGACAAGCUUUCAUGAUGUGGCUUGCAAACUACAACAGGUUACCGACAAAGGUGAGGAUGUCUUCCUGGGGUCUCAAUGUACAAACAGCUUGUUGCUUCUGCAACAACAAUGAGGAGUCUCGAGACCACCUCUUCCUCUCCUGUCCAUAUACGAUUUCACUUUGGAGGCUGAUCUUCGCGCGUCUUGACCGAAACCGAGCUCCCUUUAUCUCAUGGACUGAGCUCCUGUCGUGGGUCAGAGUUUCAACUUCUGCAGCGCCUAACAUCCUCAAGAAACUGGUCACUCAAUCACUCAUCUACAACACUUGGAGACAGCGCAACUCAGCCAACCACCACAACGGAUUCGCCCCUCCGCAGACGACGUUCAGCACCAUCGACAGGGACAUCCGCAAUGUUAUCAGUGCGAGAAGACAUAGGAAAAAGUUCAGUUCUCUUAUCCAGCUUUGGAUCCAAUGA